AUGCCUUCGUUAUCAUGGCAACCGAAUUACUUUACCAAGUGGGUGGAAGCUGUGCCAAUGAAGUCGGUCAGCCAGGCCGAUGUGAUAAGGUUUGUGAAGCGUGAGAUAAUACACCGCUUCGGCCUGCCUGAGACCCUCACCUGCAAUAAUGGGUCAGUUUUCUCCUGGGGGGAAGUGUCUCAGUUUGCGCAGGAGUACAGCAUGAUUGUUACCUUCUCAACGCUCUAUUAUGCACAGGGCAAUGGUCAAGCCGAGGCAAGUAAUAAAGUUAUCAAGGCAAAUUUGUUCAAAGUCAUCGAUGACAACCCUAGGUCCUGGGUAGAGAUGCUGUCAGAAGUUCUGUGGGCUUUCAGGACCUCAAAGAGGAUAGUGAUAGGGACAACCCCCUAUGCGCUAACCUUUGGUCAUGAUGCUAUCCUGCCUAUGGAAGUGAUCAUAGAGUCCCUACGGGUGGCAAGACAAUACGAGAUGUCCCCUAAUCAGUAUAAGGACUCCAUGAUGGCUGAGCUUGAUGAGUUAGACGAAGAACGUUUGCUGGCCCUCGAUCGGGUACAGGCUCAAAAGGCCAAAGUGGCUAAGGCCUAUAACAAAAUGGUUAGGCCUAAAGCAUUUUCUGAGUCAGAUCUAGUUUUGAAGGCCAUGUUACCAAUUGGGCACAAGGAUCCCAAAUUUGGGAAGUGGUCGCCUACCUGGGAAGGACUGUUUGUUGUACAUCAGGUCUUGAAGGGUGGGGCGUAUCACUUGAGAAUAGUGGAUGGCCAAGUGCAGCUAAGGCCGUUGAAUGAUAAGAAUUUAAAAAAGUACCACCCAACAAUGUGGGAGGUCAUAAAAUGA